AUGUCCGCCCCCUACGUCGCCCGCGCAACCCAGCCCCAGCUUCAGUCCCACCACCAACCACGCCGCCCCUUCGCCAACAACGCCAACAUCAACGCAACGUCGCCCCAGCCCAAGGCUGCCGCCAUCCCAGACAAGGUCAACAAGUAUGCCAACGCAGCACCUCCGCUUCCCCGACAGAAUAGCAAGACCACCCCGCCAUCUCCACCAAGGGUCAUCACAGACAAGAAUCGCCUCGUCGAGUUCAACCGCAUCGGCUUCCUCGGAGAGGGAGGAUUUGCCCGCGUUUAUGAGGUCAAGGAUGCCCGCGGUUCUCGUUACGCAUGCAAGGUAGUCACGAAAACAUCUCUCAAAACCAAGAAGGCUAAAACCAAGCUCUACGCAGAAAUCAAGAUCCACCGCUCCCUAUCUCACCCGAACAUCGUCCGCUUUGCCGACUGCUUCGAGGAUGAGGACAACGUUUACAUGACCCUCGAGCUUUGUUCUUCCGGAUCCCUCAUGGAUAUGCUCCGUCGCCGUCGCCGCUUCACCGAGCCUGAGGCCCGCUUCUUUAUCGUUCAGCUCAUCGGAGCAUGCAACUACAUGCACACCCACCAGGUUAUCCAUCGCGAUCUCAAGCUAGGCAACCUCUUCCUCGACGCCUCCAUGAACAUCAAGGUCGGCGACUUCGGUCUCGCGGCUCUCAUUGAAAACGAGGGCGAGCGCAAGAAAACAAUUUGCGGGACGCCCAACUACAUUGCACCCGAGGUUCUUUUUGACCAAGCUAAUGGUCACAGCUUCGAAGUCGACACCUGGUCUAUCGGCGUCAUUCUGUACACGCUCAUCAUCGGCCGCCCGCCCUUCCAGACUAAGGAGGUCAAGGACAUUUACACCCGCAUCCGUGACAAUGAGUACGAGUUCCCUUCCGAAAAGUACAUCUCCGGCGAAGCCAAGUCCAUCAUCACCCGUAUCCUCACCCCCGACCCCUCUCAGCGCCCUACUCUCCUCGAAAUCAUCGCGUCUCCAUUCAUCGAGCAGGGCAUCAUUCCCGGCUUCAUUCCCAUGUCCGCUCUGGACACUGCCCCAGACUUCCGGUACAUCACCCGACAGAUGAGCGCGGUCAACCUCGCCCGCCUGAAGAAGUCUGUUCUUCUCGACGGCGAACCUACCUCUAUCGCUCUCCCCUCGGCACAAUCCCAGUCAUCUGAGGCCACCUCCGUCAGCGUCGCAGAGCUCUCCGAUGUGAACGCCCGCGCUCGAAGCCACACCACGAGCCUUGCUCAACAGGAGAAGGAAUUCCAGAAGGCCGUCCAGCCCGGCUCACCCAUCUCCGCCCUCCUCAGCUCCGCUCGCCAGCCGCUCGUCAUGGCGAACACCGAUGGCCGAUCGGUCACCAACCCCGGCAAGGAGUCUCCGCUCUUCCGCAAGCUUCAGGCUGCCCAGAGACGCGACACCAAGUCUCCCCUGCGCAACGUGCGCAACGCUGCCGGGCUCGGUGAUAUCGAGGAAGAAGAGCAAGCGCGUCAGCCCGGCGCACGCGAGAAGGACUACGAGAUGCAGCGCGCCAAGGAGCUGCAGAGUCAGAAGGCGCGUAUCGUCGCGCAGAUGGCGCCCCAUGUGCAGCAGCAGUACGACGACCUCGAGAACAUGCCGCCUGGCGCGUUCCCUUCCUCUACGUCUCUGAAGCGCGACGGUAAAGGCAAGGAGCGUGAACGCGCUCCGUUCGACGCCGCUGUUGCUCGUCCCACCGCAGCCCCGAGCGCACCGCAACCUGAGUCUCAGAAGCUCAGUGGCUUCGAUGCAGCAGCGCAUACUCUUACGCAGGCGUUCGAUGCGAAGGCGGCCGGACGUCUGUUCCGCAAUCCGGCGCUGGAUGCGGCGCUCCCAGAUGAACGCGUGUUCAUUGUGAGCUGGGUGGACUACUGCAACAAGUACGGCAUGGGCUACGCGCUCACAGAUGGCGCCGUUGGCGUGCACUUUAACGAUAGCACGACGCUCGUUUUGUCUGCUGAUAAGCAACACUUUGACUACGUCUCCUCACGGCGGCACGGCUCCUUGUACGUGCGCAAGAACUUCACGGUCUCCGAGUAUCCAGAGGACCUGAAGAACAAGGUCUAUCUUCUCAAGCACUUCGAGCGGUACAUCAUGGACCGGUUGUACGGCGAGUACAACUACACGUUCGAGGACACGGAGCGCACGCGCGGGAUGGACUUCGUGCAGAAGUACCUGCGGAUGAAGCACGUGAUCGUGUUCAAGCUCUCGCACGACGUGCUCCAGUUCAACUUCUACGACCACUCGAAGCUCAUCCUCUCGUCUGCGGGGCACUGCAUCACACACAUCGACAAGAACUACCAGAUGACGCGGUGGACGCUGGCGCAGGUGAUGGCCGCGAGUCUGGCGCCGCCGAGCGAGGACGCGGACGAGGCGAAGUUCAUGCAGCGGCUCGUGGACAAGCUCAAGUACUGCAAGGAGGUGCUUGUUUCGAUCCGCAAUGCGAGCGCGGGGACGACGACGGGCUUGGACGAGGGCGCUGAGAUGCGGUCUGCGAAGUCUGGUGCUGCGCUUCGGUGAUCUUUCUUUUUUCCGCUUCGAACUCCGUCAUGAAACUUGCAUAGGUGUUAGGCCGCCUUUUUUAUUCGAUAGAUACGUACAUUUUUAGUACAUGGGAUAUCCGACAGGACAUCGGUUCGUCAGUCAGACAGUCAUGGUUUACACACGCCGCUGGAAGCAUUCAUUCCUCCUCCCGUCCAUACCGUACAAUAAUCAUCAUGUCCACAUAUCCUUUUUUUUCGUAUGGUUUUUUCCUCCCCAUUUCCGCGAGCGGUUUGGUUGGUCGUCUCCGUGUUUCCGUGUUUGCAACAUCUGUGUUUAAUAGUCCAUUCCAACGAUAUCGAUCACGAUCACAAU